UUGACCAGGUUUCUCGCUUUAUCAUAACCAUUUCGUUUUUUCUUGCUUCGGUUCAUCUCCUUUGCUCCGCCCUUCCUCUUUCAUGGUUCUGUGAGCAUGGCCGUAGAGCUCGUGAUGGGUUACAGGAACGACAGUUUCGUGGCCAAAAUGGAUGAUAAUGUUGUUCAAGAAGCUGCAUCUGGCCUGGAGAGCGUGGAGAAGCUCAUCAGGUUGCUUUCUCAGAGUCAGCAACAAUUCCAGUCUUCUUCUUCUUCCGCUUCAAAGUCUCCCGUGGAAAUUGAGAUGGACUGUAAAGCCGUAGCAGACGUCGCCGUUUCCAAGUUCAAGAAGGUGAUUUCUCUUCUGGGUCGAACCAGAACCGGUCAUGCUCGAUUUAGAAGAGCCCCUUUGGUGCCGCCUCCUCCUCCUCCUAGCGUUAAUCAAAACCCUGAGCGACAGCCUCCUGAACCCAAAGUAUAUUAUGCGACGCCGUUGCAGCAGAUCCCGCCUGCCCUUCUUCAACACCAAACUCUGGGCGAGCAGCAUCCCCUGAUCCCCAAAAGUGGGGUGAUUGAGAGGAAGGACUCGUUUAAGACCAUUAAUUUCUCGUAUUCCUCUGCCGCGACGUCGUUUAUGUCGUCUCUUACUGGCGAUACUGAUAGUAAACAACCAUCCUCGUCGUCGCCGGCGACCGCUUUUCAGAUCACGAAUCUGUCUCAGGUCUCCUCAGCGGGAAAGCCUCCUCUUUCUUCUUCCUCGUUGAAGAGAAAGUGUAGCUCCGAGAACCUGGGUUCUGGCAGGUGCGGCAGUUCUUCCAGUCGUUGCCAUUGUUCUAAAAAGAGCAGAAAAAUGAGGUUGAAAAGGGUAGUGAGGGUGCCGGCAAUAAGCUUGAAGAUGGCUGAUAUUCCACCUGAUGAUUAUUCAUGGAGGAAGUACGGACAGAAACCCAUUAAAGGAUCCCCUCAUCCUAGGGGAUACUACAAGUGCAGUAGCGUUAGAGGGUGUCCGGCGCGCAAACACGUAGAGCGAGCUCUGGACGAUCCAUCAAUGCUAGUAGUCACCUAUGAAGGCGAUCAUAAUCACUCGCUCUCUGCCACCGAUUCAACAAAUCUCAUACUGGAAUCCUCUUAGCUUGUAAUCAAUUUGACGGAAAGGAUUGGCAGAAGCAGAGCUCUUCAAGACAUCUGAGUUUUCAUGGUCAACAUUUCAAAGGAUGCUUUAUCAAUCUCGAAGGAGAUGAUUAGCGGGUUACUUGCUCCCUUUCCCUGUACAAUAUUGGAUUCCUUUUAUCUUUCCUGUUCACUCUCUUGAAGACUGAGACCCUGUGCAUCCAUUAUCCAUUAUUAUAUAUUAAAACAAACAAAAAAAAGAAACGCGAAGAUGGUGGAUUUGGUAACGGGUUUCAACAUGAUGGAAAGAAAGAGAGAAAGUGGAGGUGGUGUUCGAAUUUUUUAUUUGGUUGCUUUCUUUUUUUCUCCUUUGCCUUAUUGGUGAUUUACCUUGGAUGCUCCUCCUCUCUCUCAACUUUUAUCAUCUGGAUACCGUCACGAUGUCCGAUUGCCCUCCCUCCGUCCCUCCCUUUCUUUAUUUUUAUUUCUCGGUUGUCUGAAUUUCCAAUGUCUGCAUUGAAAUUUGAAACAGUAAAAAGAGAGAGAGAGAGGGGAAAUAAAAGAGCAAGGAAAGGGACCGAGUCAAGGAACUGGACAGAAAUGCAGGGACAUGACAUGUCGUGUAGAGGACGGUUGACCAUAAGAAAGGAACAGAGGGUGGCAGUUGCCAGUUGGGGACGGCUCGAUUAGUGAAUGAAAGCUUCGAGGGAUUUAAAAUAAAACGGGUUCUUCAGUGGAAAUAGUGUUUGGACUUUGGACCGUUUGAGGCGUGGGCGAGCAUUUGGUGAAACGCAGAACAGUGAAGGGUGGUGUAGAAAAUAGGAGAAAAAUGUUUGUUCGGGAAAAAGGAUGCCAAAAGUCAAAAAGGGUGGGUGUGGAAUUGAUUGACAUGUUGGGGGCACUAGAAGGGUCCUCCCUCGUUCCCAAAUUUGUAGUUUUCCUCACUUUGCCUUUGCCUUAACGUCAACUUUGUCGUGCC